CUUAGGGCAAGUCCCAAGAGUACGUCACGCAUACAAUGUAUGCGGUGGUGUACGGUGCGACACUGUCAGAAUCGGUAUUGUGUUCCACCGCUUCAAACCUUUAGGCACCAGAUUAAACCGUAUACAGCGUAUGGGGGACGUACUCUUGGGACCCGCCUUGAGAUUCCGCUUUCGCCCACUAUUUCAAGACUAUUUCAAGAUUAUUUCAACACCCAGUACUGUGCCGUCUCUCCAACUUCCCAAUCAUUCCCGUCUCACGACUUACCGGUACGACUUACCGACUACUUCGCUAUUUCGUGACCUGUUGGCUUCACCGUCUCGCCAGCCACCGCAUUCCCCAAUCAAGUAGCCAGUAGCUCGGCAAUAUUUAUCAGUCGCUUCGACAGAAUCCGUCAUCGUCAUCGACAUCGUCAGCAGCGAUGGGCGGCGACGAGCUUCCGGGGCAAGGGAAGAAAGUCUGCGUCACGGGAGCGGCGGGUUUCGUCGGCAGCUACGUGGUGAAGCUGUUACUGGAGCGAGGCUACCACGUGCGCGGCACAGUGAGGGAUCUCGACGACCCCAGAACCAACUGGCUACGCGGACUGGCUGACGGCACGCCGGGGACGAUUCAGCUGUUCGAGGCGGAUCUACUUGUGCCUGGGAGCUUUGACGAGGCAGUGGAGGGGUGCGAGCUGGUAUGCCACGUGGCAGCUCAUGUAAACGCGACCGGGAAGGACCCGCACACCAUGGUGGCCGCCUGUCUUGACGGCACGAGGAACGUGUUUGAGUCGAUUAUGAAGCAUAAAUGCGCCAAGAAGGUGGUGCUGACGUCGUCAGUGGCAGCGGUGGCGGACAACAUGUUUCCCUCGGAUCACAUCUUCUCCGAGGCGGAUUGGAACCGCCAGCUGUCCCUCAGAGCGCCCUACAGCAUGGGCAAGACCUUGGCGGAGAAGUACGCGUGGCGGGCCGUGGAGGAUCUCAAGGGCGUGGAGUGGAGAUUUGAUCUCGUGACCUUGUGUCCUAGUCUCGUGCUGGGGCCUGCUCUGAGGGAGGAGCACGUGAAGGGCAGCCUGCAGUCUGUGAAGCAGCUCCUGGACGGCACGCUCUUCCUGGCCCCCGAUCUGCACUUUGGCAUCGUGCACGUGGCUGACGUGGCGCUGGCGCACGUGCUGGCUCUGGAGAAAGAGGGCAUGAAGGGGCGCUACAUCCUGUGCAACGGGGACAACCUCUCACUGCUACAGAUGGCUGACGUGCUGCGCUCCAAGUACCCCAACUACCGUCUGCCAGCCAUGGGCAUGCCGGACUGGAUGGCCAUGCUUGUGGCGCUGGUCAACCCCGCCGUGGGUGUCGACUUCAUGCGCCGCAAUCUGGGGGUGGUGCACCGGUACAGUGGGAGCAAGGCGGAGAACGAUAUGGGGAUUAUUUAUCAGUCUUCGAGAGUGGCGCUUAUUGAGGCGGCAACGAGUAUUGUGGAGCUGGGAUUGCUCGAUAGGAAGUAAUCUAAUAGUGAUGAGAAAGGAAGGAUCACCUUUUUUUGGAAUUGGGCUGGACUUGACAGGGCGGUGGAGCAGAGCAAGGAGGGAGAGAGCUCAUUAAUGAUGGGAGGUUUCAUUUCAUGACUGGCUGGGUUGUACAUGCCAUCUGGAGGUGCUACAUUAGCUGUGCCAAUGUUUUAUGUUGGCACUUCACUGAUAAUAAUACUACGGUAGAUUAUACAGUUCUAGACUUUGGCAUCUCACUCGGGUUUGGGAAUUGUUGGGCUGAGAAAAGCCCUUAGGAUCUUCUCAGAGACUAAGUCCCAGUUGUACAAGAUACUUGAAUAGUGCAGCGGUUGAA